AAUUAACCCUCCAAGUUCCUCAAUUUAUUAUAACACUUUCUGUCUCUCUCUUUCGGGGUUUCCUCUGAAUCCCUCACUUUUUCCUCCUGUCAGAAUGCGGCAACCCAAGACCGCCGCUUCUGAAUUCUCAAACUCUUCCUUACCUCUUUUUGCAUCUCCAAAAUAAAAAAUAAUCAUAUUAAUCAUAUUUUUACCAUGAAAUUACAACCUCCAUUACUCUAUAAGGUACUAUUCCUAGCUCUAGUUCAUAUCUUCCUCCUUUGUUCUGCUCAGGACAACGAUGCCGGACUCACGGCAACGGCUCCGCCACCUGCUCUGGAGGACUGUAAUGGGAUUUUCGUAUCGUACACGUUUAUUUCAAGGACGAAGGAAUUUCCACGGGUGAAAAACGUGUCUGCUCAGUCUUGGGCGUUCAAGUCGGAGGUUUCCGUUGUCAAUGCCGGGUCGGAGGAGCUCCAGGCAUGGAAGGUUUUUGUUGGGUUUCAGCACCGUGAAAUUUUGGUUUCUGCCGAUGGUGCAGUUGUCAUGGACGGAGGAGAUUUUCCCGUGGAUGUUGCGAAUGGGACCUACUUGUCGGGGAACCCCAUUACGGAUUUGAAAACUUCCAUUGAUACAGCUGGAGACUUUUCGCAGAUACAGGCGACAAUUGCGAUUACUGGGACAAUGUUUGGGCUUCGGCCUAAAGCUAUUCCAAUGCCCAAAACAAUCAAACUUGAGAAUGAUGGGUUUAAGUGUCCUGCUCCUCAUUUACAAGGGACAAGAUCCAUGUACGUAUGCUGCAGACCUGAUCCAAAAUACAAAGCGAAGAAAUCGAAAAGGACAAAGUUCUUACCUCGUCGAAACGGUGACCUCUCCUUUACGUACGAUAUCAUGCAAGCCUAUGGCGGAAGCUACCUAGCCCAAGUAACCAUGGAAAACAAGCACCCAUUGGGUCGUCUCGACCAUUGGAACUUAACCUGGGAAUGGAGCCGAGGAGAGUUCAUCUUCAACAUGAGAGGAGCUUACACCCGCACAAAAGAUUACUCGCAAUGCAUUUAUGGCCCUGCCGGAAACUACUACAAAGACUUAGAUUUCUCCCAAGUCAUGAGCUGUGACAAAAAACCCAUCAUCGCCGACCUUCCUGCCGAGCGAGCUGAGGAUGAGAAAGUAGGAAAGUUGCCAUUCUGUUGCAGAAAUGGUAGCUUACUUCCGCCAUCAAUGGACAUAAAUAAAGCAAAAUCAAUCUUCCAAUUAGAGGUCUACAAGCUCCCACCUGACGUGGGCAACAGAACUACGAUAUACCCACCUCAGAAAUGGCAAAUCGAUGGUGUUUUGAAUCCAGAGUACAAAUGCGGGACGCCAAUUCGGGUCGAUCCAAGUGAAUUUCCCGAUCCAAGUGGGCUUCAAUCGGUCUCAUAUGCCAUCGCUAGUUGGCAAGUUGUGUGUAACAUAACCCGACCAAAGCCCAAGCAGUCUCGGUGCUGCGUCUCGUUCUCAUCUUAUUACAACGACUCUGUGGUCCCGUGCAACACAUGCGCCUGUGGUUGUUCAGAAGAUCCUCAUAGCAUUGCGGGAACUUGUGAUGCUGACAGGCCUCCGAUGCUUCUUCCUGCAGAGGCUCUUUUGGUUCCAUUCGCCAAUAGGUCAGAGAAAGCUAGAGCUUGGGCCAAACUGAGACACUUUCCAAUGCCCAAAAAGUUGCCCUGUUCCGAUAACUGUGGGGUUAGUCUAAACUGGCAUAUAAACUCGGAUUAUAGGAGUGGAUGGACGGCUAGGAUCACUCUCUUCAACUGGAGACCUGACCCAUUUGAGGAUUGGUUUGCUGCAGUUCAGAUGAAGAAAGCUUACCCUGGUUACGAAAAUGUUUACUCCUUUAAUGGAACGAAGCUUAACAUUAAAGGAGCAAACAACACCAUUUUCUUCCAGGGGUUGAAAGGUUUGAAUUUCUUGAUGGGCCAGAGUAAUGGAUCGAACCCCAAAAUUGAUCCACCAGUCCCUGGUAAGCAGCAGUCAGUGAUCUCUUUUUUGAAGAAGAACACUCCUGGGAUUAAUAUCCGUCGUGGGGAUGGGUUCCCGACAAAGGUUUAUUUUAAUGGCGAAGAGUGUGAGAUUCCGGAAAGUUUUCCAAUAGAAAAUUCUGGCUAUAAUGCAGCCACUAAUGGACUCUUGUCAACUUUCCUUGUUUGUGUGUUCACUUUCAUGCUGAUGAUUGACCAUGGCUUCCGUUGAUGAUGAUUAUGAAUAAUUUUUUUUGUUUAGUUUUGGUGGGACUGUGGGAGAUAAUACGUGUUUCACGAUGAUGACGCAAUGUAACUAGAAUUAAGACGCUGAACAUUUGAAGAAGAGGAUAUAUGACCAUCAUGGGAUUAUGAAAGGUUUCUCUUUCCUAGGAAAAAAUCUAACAUAUUUAUAAAAGAAAGUUUAAAUACUACAAGUAUCUAUGUACGGGCUGGGCUGUAUUCAUUG